GUCAAACUCAAUGGCGUGCACGUCGUCAUAGCUACCUUUUCUAGAUGGAGCGUGCCUGCUACGAGAGUCGUGCUCUUGCUGUAGCCGUGGUUUAAAGUGGUGAAAUCAAUGCAACGUUGUCGAACGACUCAUCUUACCAACGAAGACUUAGAAUCGAAAAAGAGUAGCACUAGCGAAGUGCGUGCAAAAAGGGCUGAGAGAGUGGAGCGUAGGGGCAUCUUGCGUGCUCAUUAGAUUUUCACUCUAAAACUAGUCUGAGCCUUCUUCCGGGACAGAAGCAAAAAUGAGUACUUCAGAGUCGGAGUGCGAGCUUUACACGAAGGGGGGCGAGAUAAAAACGCUUUGGGAUGUACGACGUGAAGGUGCAUCAUUCCGAAACUCUUGCUCUGAACACCACUGCAUGCUUCAGCGCAACGACCUGUGAGACGCGUGUAGUUACUUUUCAAUGCAGAUUUCAGGAAGGGAUGUAGCAUAUGGAACUGAAACCAGGGAUCGCUUCGAUUCCUUGAUGUUGAAAGAAAGACGUGCGCCAUGCAUACCCGCCAUGAGCACGCGUUGUUCAUCCGAGCAAGAAUUUCAUUGUUUUGUUUUCCUCUCCAUACCAUCUACUGCAGAAGCUCCGGCGGUACGGAAAUAAAUGGGAGGAAUCGGCCAACGGCCACGAAUUGAUUGCAAAAGUGAGCCAACCUGUGAUCGAAGCGGUCGAGAUUUUUUACAACAAGUACGCAGACAGAUCCGUAGCUUUGCGCCGCGCCAAUAUUGUGGCACAGGAGAUGCACUCGCAAGGUACUUGCUUCUAGUUAGCUUCCUCGCUGUUUUCAACGUGUAGUCGUAGUUUCUUUGUUUCGGCGAAUAAAUAGAAAGUAAGCACACGAAGUAGAAUCAAUGAGUGAAUUCUUGUACAUGGACAACAACAUGCAGAAAUCAACUUGAAUGAAAACUGCAAUGAAAGCUUUAUAAAUAUCAAAACCUGAAUCCAUAUCCAGGACUCGUCCCCGUGGAGCUGGGCGGCUGCGUCGAGAAGGAGAGCGACUUCAUCACCCUCUUGAACCAGAUGUUCGACCACCCGCGGGCCUUUUGCAAGGAGGGAUUUCCGAAGGGCGACAUCGUAUCGGACGUGAAGGCCGCGAAGACGAAGUACAAGCAGAAGAGGGACCUGUCCUACCGGCGGGACUUCGGCGAGAAGUUGGUGCACGUGCUGGGGAGCGAGCAGGGAACCGUCGUGCGAAACACCGCGGACGCGGUGAUGACGCGGAUGCACGUGAUGAACGAGGCCGCGCGCGGGGAGCUGCAGAAGUGGUGGUCCGGGGAGCUAAGCCGCCUCAACGCCGACCAGCAGGGGAAGAUCACGUCUUUGUUCAACCAGGCCUUAGCCGACGACACAUUCCAACGCCUGAUCAACCAAGCCGCUGAGGAAUUCGCGGUGUUCUCCCGGGCGGACCGCGACCAUUUGGAAGGCGUCGUGAAGAAUUUGGACUUCAACACGAGCGAGACGUUGCAGGCGCUGAAGAAGCAGUUGAAAAAGUACCAGAGCGAGAUUGGGACCUCCGCCGAGGCCGUGAUUCAAAAAAUGUUCAUGCAGGUGGUCACGGGGGAGUUGCAGGUAUAGGUAACUAAGUGGGCUUCGUACGGUUUGCGAAGUUCUUUUUGAGAAGUUCUGUCGCACUGCUUCCCGUGAUGCAAAGAAUGUCAUGCAUGCAACGUGUUGUUUAUGUUUUCGUUCAUGUGUUCAUUUUGAUGCGAUGCAUAUGUCUCUGAAAAUGAGCAAUACCGUCGAAACUGGAUCACGUGUUCUCGUCCUCCUCUACUUCGUCCGCCUCUUCUCCGUCGCUGGACGACACUAACGCUCCCGAAAAGCCGAAGACUACGACCUCUACAACCUCUGUCGACCCCAAGCCCGGCGUGA